GAUGCCCCAGCUUUGGAGCUCUUUGAGCUUGCACGCCAGCAAGGGCGACUCCUGGUGUUGCUGGACGGCUUUGAUGAAGCUGGACAUCUGGAGCGCGAGCUGGCCACACAAAUUUCCACGAUGCUGAACAACGAAGUGUUUCUGAUCGUAACCUCGAGGGAGAUGAGUGGCGUGCUGUCCGGAUCAGACUUCAGCCGAUUUCGCACCGUCAGGGUCAAAGAGCUGAACGAGGUGCAGCGGAAGCAGGUCAUCGAGCGAAGGCUCCCAUCCUCCGAGGCGGUGGAGUCUUUCUGCACCCAGCUGACCCUGAACCCCGCCCUCUGCAUGAUGACCAGGAACCCGCUGCUCCUGAAUGUCACGCUGUCUGUCUACGAGUCGAGUGGAGAUCUUGAUGGCCGGGCCUUAAAUCGAGGUCGCGUGUAUGGCCUGGCCCUGGACGGCAUGUUGCACAACUUGGAGAAGAAGCAUGCCUCGAGCGGGCUGGCUGUGUCGGAGGGCAUUCGAGCCUCCAGCUUGCGGGCUAUUCUCAAAAGUCUGGCUUUUGAGGCCCACUCCCAGCGCGAAGGCAGGGGCAUUCGUGACUUUCGCCGGCCCCUCGUCGAGAAGGCUAUCCGAUCUUGCCGUCUCUCCACGGACUUCAGCAUUGACGAAUGGGAGGCGGUGGAAGACAGCAUCAA